AUGGUUGGAGAGAGAGGAAAUAAGAAUAAUGUUUUAAAUUCUUCAGGUAGCGGAAUGAAUGCCCUGUUGGAUGACGAGUCCAACUCGACGCUGCUGUGUGACUGGUUCGACCUAAAGUCCGACAAUUUGUGUUACACAAAGAGCGCAAAUUCCCGCUCACAGACUAAUUACUCGGAUCCGGACACAACACCAAGGGAAUAUUCAACACUCUCGUCAACCAGUCCGACCAUCCAAACUAAUACUAACGAGUAUAAUAAUGAAUUAGAAGGAACCCAGGCAUUUAACCAGUACAAUUACGGAAAUGUGGGACUAAAUGACCAAUUUAACGGUAUUAAUGCAAGCCAUUAUGGCCACUCGAUUACGGGAGUGAACACAUACACUGGAGCCAUUACAAGUGUUAAUGGUUAUGAAGGAGUUAGCACAGUAAACAGAUAUACAGGAGACGGAAUUAGAACACCAGGAACUUCAGCAUAUAAUAGAUUAAACAGUGAAAUAGUUGAAACAAGCACAAUAGUAUCAGAUGGCAUAACGGAAGAGCCAGUUGAGACUGCAAGAAAUUUUUUCUACACUCCGACACCACCAAUAGACAUACACUCUGAGAGUUAUAACCUGAUGAACAAUUUCUUUAAAACGGUGACGUCAACGAACGUGAGUGAGUCAAUGGAAGAUUGGGGAAUUGACAGGUCAAUUUAUACAAUUUACUCAAGGUCAGGCUUCUUUGCAGACUGUUUUAACGCAGAUAAACUGAACUGUAAAGAGUAUCUUAGCAGUUGGGGAAUGGAGUCGUUUGCAGAGUGCAGAAUUCCAUUGAUUUUCUGCAUAAUCCUGACGGAUAAAGAAGUGCGUAGGAACGAAGUGCAGUCCUCAAUUGUUCCACUGGCAAUAAAUCUGCUAGAUCGUUACAUGUCGAAGAACAAAAAUUCAUUGAAUAAGUUGUUCAAAUUUGUUCUUGACAGGGUAAGGAUUUCAAGCCCAGAUGGAAGUUCUCUGUAUUUAUUAACUGAUGUAGUUAAUCCGGUUAGUUACAACACCCCCAGUACUAGCGUUAGUGACGGAAACAGCCUGAAUAACAGUGCCAGAACAAGUUUAGAAUCUGAGGAAGUUUCUUCUCACGACCAAACUAAUUUUAUUACUGAUUCGUUCCAUUUCUUUAACAUCAAUUGCUCUAACACACUCAAUGACAAUGAUGUUAGUAAGGGUUAUGCUAAUCACAGUAGGGAUGACAAUUUUAAUAAUAGUGUGGAUGAUACAACUAGUGGUAUAAAUAACAAUAGUAUUGAAAAUGUAAGAAUAAAUGUGGAAAUCGUGUAUAAUUUAAUAUCUGCAGCUUGCUACUUUAUUGCAGAUCGUUAUAAUGGGCUGGCGAAUGUUUCAGUUCGUCUGCUUUUGAUGCAGUGGGUGUCAAUGUCAAAGCUUUUCACACGCACGCGAUGUGCAGCAUUUUACAUUGCGAGGAAUAAAACCACUUCUCUCUCCGUGAUUAUGUCAAUAAUUUUCGACGUGCUGAGGACCCUGGAUUACGUCAUCACCACACCCUUCGUAUCGUACAUGGCACAGGCGCUUAUCAUAGCGUCAUACGACCUUCCGUACCCUCAGAACCCAUCGCAGCUCAAUAUUUACCAGAAGGCAGCAUCAAUUCUGGCAAGAGUGGCGCUCAUAGACGACACAUUCCAUAGGUUCACCUCCUCAAUAAUAACACUAUCAAUCUACGCCCUGGUACGGAAGUUGGCCUUACACGACAAGAUCAUCACGGACGAUUCCAUGACGUGGCUGAUAGUGGAUCAGUCGAAUCCCGAGAUCAGCAAUUGCAUGAACCUGCUUACGAGUACCCUAUCGCAGUUUGUGAACACUGAGCUACUGGACGUGCUCGCCCAGCCAGUCAAGGUAAAAAACAAAAACGAAGAAUUCUUCACAUGCAUAUUGCAGUCGGAUACCAAAAGUGUCAAUCUCGACACUAUAAAGUGGAUUUCAAAUGUACUCUCAAAUUAA